AUGGGCCUCUUCUCCAAAAAAUCCAAAGACACCACCGGCACCGACGACGCCAACCGCGCCGCCCUCUUCGGCGGCCGCAAGGCCUCCCCCGCCCCCUCCGCGGCCCCCUCCACAACCAGCGGUAAACAAAACCCCUACGGCGCCCCCUCGCCGGCCCCCUCCUCCUCCUCCGGAGGCUACGGCGGCUACGGCGCCCCCCCACAGCAGCAGCAGCAGCAGCAGCAACCAGGCGGCUACGGGGGCUACGGCCGCUCCGAUUCCACCAGCACCUUCGACUCCAACCGCGACCAGCUCUUUGGCGGCGCGCAGCAGCGCCAGCAGCAGCACCAGCCCCCACCAUACGGCUCUGCCCCCGCCGGCGGCCCCUCCGCAAACGAGAAGGGCGCCUACGGCAGCAGCAGCUCCGGUGGCUACGGCGGCAGCUCCAGCAGCGGCGGCUACGGCAGCAGCAGCAGCUAUGGCCAGACCACCGGCGGCGACAGCUACAACUCCGCCCGCCAGCUGACCGCCGAGGAAGAAGAAGAAGAGGACGUCAACGCCGUCAAGCAGCAGAUCCGCUUCACGAAGCAGGAGUCUGUCGCGUCGACGCGCAACGCGCUCCGCGUGGCCGCGCAGGCCGAGGAGACGGGGCGCACCACGCUGGGCCGCCUCGGCGCGCAGGGCGAGCGGCUGCACAACACCGAGAAGAACCUCGACGUUGCGGCGAGCCACAACCGCAUCGCCGAGCAGAAGGCGCGCGAGCUCAAGACGCUCAACGGGAGCAUGUUUGCCGUGCACGUGUCCAACCCGUUCAACUCGACGAAGCGCGCGCAGGAGGAGGAGCGGCGCAUCUUGGAGCGCCACCAGAGCGACCGCGAGGAGAGGGACAAGACGAGGCAGUUUGGGUUUGAGAGCCGCAACCAUGUGGGCAAGGCGCUGGGAGGCAGUGGCGCGGGGGGGCCAGGGAAGAUGCCGGGCAAGAUGAGCCUGGCGGAGAGGAGCAAGUAUCAGUUUGAGGGCGACGAGAGCGAUGAUGAGAAGGAGAGGGAGAUUGAGAACAAUCUGGACGCGCUGGGCUCCGUCACGGGACGCUUGAGGAAUCUGGCGAUGGCCACGAGCCAGGAGGUGGAUAGGCAGAAUGCGCAGAUUGAUAAGAUCAUAAAGAAGAGCGACCGCGUCGACGACCAGAUCGCCGUCACCCACAACAGGAUCAAGAACAUCCACUAG